GCUGGCGGCAGGGAGUCGUCGUGGCAGUGCUACUUUGACUGGUGUGGGGUCCAAGUUUUGACUUCUGAGAUUGGGCCAUGGCUAGUGACCGCAGCAUUGUAUUAUCUGGCUGGAGCGCCUAAAGUCUGCCGCAGCAAAGAUGUGCUACAGGUGUUAAUGCCGCGGAGCCAUUUGGAGGACAGGGCUACAGGUGGUCAGUGUGCCUGGCUAAGUCUGGGGGCUGCAGAAGACCACCGCCUCCCCUUGUCAGCGGUCUGUGUCUGCCCAGGCUUUUUUCAUUCUCUGAUGUUUGGCUUCAAUUCGUUGGCAGGGGGGAGAGCUGGGGUGUGUCGCUCAGGGCAGGGCCGUGUCAGUGGGCCGAAGGGACACGGCCAAGGGGUUGUCUUAGAGACUACAGAGGCUGCAGAGCACUGCGCACCCUCGCGCCAUCUUUGCUAGCCAAAGGUGGCGGGGGCGGCGCUCGAGGCUUAUUGCGCAAGCGCCAACUUGAGUAACAGCGGGACCGUAGGGGUCGGGACGGAGGUGGGGCGGUUGUAUCCUGGGUCUGACGUGGGGCCUGGGACUGACGUGGGGCCAAGGCCUGCCCACCUUGGCGCCAUUUUUGCUGGCUGAGAGGUGGCAGCCCAGGCUUACUGCUUAGACGCCAUCUGAAUGACAGCAGGAUUCAGGGGGUGGGACGAGGGGACUGUCACAUCGUUAGUGACUGACAUCAGUUGCACAGCCUUGCCCACACUGGUGCUAUUUUUGCUGGCCAAUAGGUGGCAGUCAAGGUUUACAACGCAGGUGCCAUCCUGAACGACAGCAGAGCUGUAGGGGGUGGGCCCUGAGUGACUGACAGGGGUUACGCUGUUAGUGGCGGGGUGGCAGCCAAAGCUUAUUGCGCAUGCGCCAUCCUGAAUGCCAGCAGUGCGCAGAGAAUGGCCGAGGGGCUAUUAUAUUCUGAGAGAAUGACGGGGGCUACAGCGCCUUGCACCGUCUUUGCUGGCUGAGAGAAGGGUGCCGAGGUUUGCUGCACAGCUCUACCUUCUCAGCUUCUACCCUUCUCAGAGGCAGCUGGCAAGAGGAAGUGGGACUAGGUGCAAACAUCAGGUGCCUGGGUCCAGGUGAGUUGAAUUCCAUCUUCACAGGCCAUACCCGUCCUCAGAGUGGCCACCGUUCCUCCUUCAUCCUGAUACCUACUGCACACGUGUUCUGUAUAGCCACGCAAGCUCUGUGUUUGCCCUGUGAGAAUACAUGAACUCUUCUGCUGGGUCACAUAUUGCCAGAAAUUUUCUUCCUUGGCCCCUGCCAUCCUUCCCAGCGUUCUGUCUCUUUUCCCAACCCUAAGUUGCUCAUUUGGGCCUGCUCUUUUUUAUCGGGGUGAUUAAAGAACCAUGAGGGUCAUUGGUUCAUCUGCCAGUAUCAAUCAAGUGUAUGUUCUCUGCCAGGCACUGGAAACAUUGCCACAAACGGAAAAGAAAGUACUGUCACAGAGCUCACAAUCUACGGGGAAUUAAAGACGUUGGAAAAAAAAAAAUUGUGUGAUUCAUGCCUUUGAAAGAAAACAUUCAUUUUGGGUGGCUAACUAAAUCAGAGCGAGGCCAUAUCAGGUCUCUUAGAGAAAGUUAGUGACAUUAAAGCAGUGCUCUGUAGGAUGGUGUGUUGUGGGAAGAGUAGCCUAAGUAGGGGGGACAACACUGAUGUUCCUGAGGAGUGCAGAGAAGGGAGCUGAAGAUCCAGGAUGCCUAGAGCGAGGAAAAGGGGAUAGAAUGACAUUUGGUUGAGGUGGGGAAAGGUAAGUUGGAGCUAGGCUGUGAAAGGUCUUGUAGUCUGCGGUAAGUAUUUGGACUUGGUCUAAAGUACAGCUGGAAGCCAUUGAAGUAUUACAACUGCGCAGGUAACGACACCAAUCAGAUUUGUGUUUUAAACAUUACUGUGGUUGUAGAGUAGAGAAGGGGAGGGUGGAAAUGACGACUGCAGGGAGACCAUCUCAAGCCUAGGUGAGAGAUGCGGGGGGAGAAGCACAGUGGAGGGAUUUGAGAGGUGUUGAGGAGGCAAACUCAACAGGAUUCAUACUCUUUGCUCAUGGCUUUUUGAUGGAUUAAGACAAGUCUCAAUAAACCACGUUCUAUGGGAAGUGAGCAAAAUAGCCAAAACUUGUCCAUUCCGUCAGCAGGCAUUGACACUGUAUCUGGUCUGGGACAGGAUCAGGCUAGACUUUGGGUCUUUGGCAGUGAGUGACAUCAUCUCCGGCCUCAGUGUCUACUGAAUGAGAACUUCAGUUAAAUGGAGAGUAAGAAAUCAUGCUAACCAAGAUAGGUAGCUAUGUUGACAGUGUAUUACCACCUGGAAAUACGCCAACCUGUUGGCUCAUGUGGUCCCCUGGGGCUGGGGUGGUGUGUUCCUGGCUUCGGUGAAUGCCGCAAGUAUUCAGCGUCUGGUGCUGAAGCCUGUGGGACUCAGAAAGCUUACCUUGCCUAUGGAUUCCUCUACUAUCGAUAGAUCCAUGUUAGUGAAGCUCAGGAGACAAAUGUAAACUAUACCGAUGUUCUUAGUUUAUGUUGAAAAGUUGUUUGAAUGAAAUAGAAUGUUCCCAUUCCCUCAAUUUUGGUUCAUUAACUUGUGGGAGAUCACUGUACCAGGGACCUAAAUAUUCGAAAGUAUGUACCAUCAGCAGAUUCUCCCUGUAGGCAGACUUAACGUAGGGAAAGAAACCAUAACGAGAAAGCAGUUGGGUGAGCGUGGAGUCAGUACAAGAGAAUGUGGAUGAACUGUUCAGUAACACCAGCCCAUAUGGUGGCUUGGUGCAGCCAUCUUGUUACAGAGCUCUUGGUAGGGUUACCAGGAUACUGAAGCCCAUUAUCCGCAACUCUCCCCCCUCCCAUGUCUACUCAAAUUAGGUAUGUGACAAAGUACUUUAGUGGAUUGUCACACUCACCUCACUCUAAGAAAAUCUAUGUAAUCAGCUAAUUAUAUCAAAAUAGUGUCAAAUAAGUCAUAUUGGCUUGGAAGACAUUUUGUCUCUUUAAAGUAGUUUUAUUUGUCUUCAACCAUUUCUGGGCUGAUCAUAAAACAACUCUAGGUAUUUUCUCUUUUUCUAAAUCUUGAGGGAAUCCCUCAGAAAUGGACAACAAUAAAGACAUUUUUGCUGCAAGUAUGGUAAGUGCUAAGGUACUCUGAUAGCAGUAAGCCCAGGGUAUUGUGGAGACUAUGAGAGGAGCCAACCAAUAGAUCAGAGGGUGGGGACCAUGGAUGGUGUAGUAGAGGUAAGUGUUUCUUUCCUCCUUGUUCACAUUUCCAUGUAACAUUCUUCCCCAACAGCCUCUGCUGUCUCGCAUGUAACUUGUCCAUAGUUGGUUGGACCAGUUUGGCUCCUCAGCCUGGAGCAGUCAUUCUCAAAGUACAAUUUACGGAGUGCUUGUUAAGAUGCGACUUUCCCAAGGAGCACAGACCUCCUGAAUUAUCAUACCUAGACAGGCGGUGCAUUUUUCAUUAGCAGCCUGCAUGACUUUGUGCCCCACCAGAGUUGGAGAGCCGUGACCCCAGGAGGAGUCAAGGUGUAGUGUGCAUGUUGAUACUGGGGAUUUGGGUGAAGGGAGAUGUUGACUGGUCUAUCAGUGUUGGGUACUUAAACUGGGAGGUGGUAUAUACCUGGGAUCUUAACACCACGUGUAUGCUGAAGUAGAAAAUGUCGGUCUGCAGAAAGAGGCAGGAGAGUGGAACAAAGGAGAAGAUACCACACAUCAUGCUGUGCCUGAGAGGUGAAGAAAGUAACCUCUUCGUUCCUGACUUUAAAGUUCUCAAUUCCAGCCCCCUUUAAAGAGGUCCCUGGGUUCUGACUGUCACAGGCUGCUGCGCCUCUCCUGUUGACUCAUGUCUGGUUCCUGCAGUGAGAAUUAAACUUAGAGCCAUGCUGCCUCCAAAACUCUUGUCUGCCACCAAAUCUCAGAAGUCCCGGGGCCCAGAUCUCUAUGAGCUAGACAGUGCCUUGACUAAGGAGCCGGAUGCCACUAUAGGAGAAGGCACCACUGACUCUGAAUUCUCUCAUCAGAGGUUUCGGAAUCUCCUUUAUGUAGAGCUUGUCGGGCCUCGGAAGACCCUGAUCCAACUCCGAAACCUCUGCCUCAAUUGGUUGCAGCCGGAGAUACGCACCAAGGAGGAGAUUAUCGAGCUCUUGGUCCUAGAGCAGUACCUGACCAUCGUACCAGAAAGAAUCAAGCCUUGGGUGCAGGCAAAAAAGCCAGAGAACUGUGAGAAGCUAGUUACUCUGCUGGAAAAUUACAAAGAGAUGUACGAACCAAAAGACGACGAUGUCCAAAGUGAUGAUGACAGGAGCCGGGUCGGCGCAGAGUCCCCAUCCCCCCGCUCAGUGCACUCCUUCUGCAGUGACUGGGACUGGAGGGGCAGAAGCAGAGAGACACAAUUCCGAGACCACUGGCCAUACACGAGGACUUCCCGGAAGAGACUGCUUCAACACGACCUCUCCCUCCCUCUGAUGGAGAAGACCAACUUUGAGAUGGAGGGGGAGGAUGACAUUGACAGGGACUCCAUGAUGGACUUUGAGUCCACCUCCCAGGAUGCGGAAUCCUAUCAGGAUGUAGUGGAUCUCACCGAGGACAGGAAACCUCAGGACCCAGUUCAGGACAACAUGGAGAACUACAGGAAGCUGCUCUCCCUAGGGGUCCAGCUCGCAGAGGAUGACAGACACUCUCACCUGACACACGGCCACUCAUCAAGGUCCAAGAGAAGUGCCUACCCGAGCACCAGUCGAGGCCUGAAAACCAUGCCUGAAGCCAAAAAGUCAACCCAUCGGCGGGGAAUAUGUGAAGACAGGUCCUCCCACGGGGUGAUCAUGGAGAAGUUCAUCAAGGAUGUCUCACGCAACUCCAAGGUGGGAAGAGCUAGGGAAUCUAACGACUGGCCACAGAGGUUCCCGAGGAUGCUCGAUGAUGACUGGAAAGACGUCUCCUUCAGCAAGAGGGAAUCGGUAAUUCAGGAGCGGGGCUGUGAGGGGAGCGUGCUCGGGGGAGGCUUCAACCUUAGCUCCAACCUCAUGUCCAGAAAGAGAGUUAUUGAAAGAAAAAGGCGCUAUCAGUUGGACACAGAUGGGAAGGGCUUGGUUCAUAAUCAGAAAGGCUAUGUGAGAAAGAAGCCCUUUGAAUGUAGCAAGAUGAGGGCAGCUGUGAGCAUGAGCAGCCUCAGCUCGCUGUCCCCAACCAAGUCGCUGCCAGCUGACUUCGGGGACAUGCCCUAUGUAUGUGAUGAGUGUGGGCGGCCUUUCAGUGUUAUUUCUGAGUUUGUUGAGCACCAGAUCAUGCACACGAGGGAGAAUCUCUCUCAGUAUGGUGAAUCCUUCAUCCAUAGCAUGGCCGUUAGUGAGGUUCAGAAAAGGCAGGCCAGAGGGAAGUGCUUUGAGUGUAAGGAGUGUGGGGAGGCCUUCAAUAACAGCACCACUCUUACUGAGCACCGAAAAACCCACGAGAGAGAGUAUCUCAUGGAAUGUCAGGAUCAGGAAUAUGAGGAAACCUUCAUUCCCAGCCCGACCCUUAGCGAGCUCCAGAAAAUGUACAGUAAAGAGAAAUUCUAUGAAUGUAGGGUGUGUAAGGAGACCUUCCUCUAUAGCUCUGCCCUGGUCAACCACCAAGAAACCCAUGGUAGAGGGAACUUCGGUGAUGACACAGAUAAUGAGUGUGGGGAAGCCUUUAAGCCCAGCCCGGCCCUUAAUGAGUUUCAAAAAAUGUACAGUAAAGAGAAAAUGUAUGAAUGUAAGGUGUGCGGGGAGACCUUCCUGCAUAGCUCUGCCCUGAAAGAACACAAGAAAAUCCAUGCUAGAGAAAACCCAUUUGAAAAUCAGGAUAAAAUGUGUGAGGAGACCUUUAUUCCUGGCCAGUCCCUUAAAAGGCAUCAGAAAACGCAUGCUAAAGAGAAGCUGUAUGAAUUUAAAGAUGGUGGGGAUGCCUUUAUCCAAAGCUCAGACCUCAGUGAGCACCUGAAAAUCCAUUCUCAAAAGAAUCUCUAUGAAGGCAGGGGAUAUGAGAAAUCUGUCAUUCAUAGCGUGCCCUUUACUGAGUCCCAGAAAAGUCACACCAUAACAAGACCACCUGACAAUGAGGAGAAUGAGAGAGCAUUUACCAUUAGUGCCAACCCCGAGGAACAGCAGAGAUUUCCCACUAAAGAGAGUGUCUGUGAAGGGAGACGGUGUGAGAGAUCGGUUAUUCACAGAUUGGUCUUUACUGACCCCCAGAAAAGCCACAGUGCUGCGGAGCUCAGUAAACCGAAGGUGAUCGCCGAGUCUACCAUCUCGAGUGCCGAUGCGAUCCAAUGCCAGACAGCCCAUGCUGGAGAGAGCGCCUAUGAAGGGAAGGUGUGUGGGAGAUCUGUCAUCCAGAGCAUAGUCACUGCUGAACCACCAAGACAUCACACUGGAAACGAACUUGCCGAGUGUAGUAACGGGGAAUCCUCCAUUUAUAUCUCAGACUUUAACAGGCAACAGAAGAUUGAUGCCAGAGAGAACCCUUUUGAAGUGGCUAAGUAUAACAAAUACACGGUUAUACACAGUGUGUCCUCUGCGGAACCUCAGAACAGUCCUACUGUAGAGGGACCCAGUGAGUUGAAGAAGGACGGUGAAUCCUCUGCCCCUAAUUCACAUGUCCGUGAGUAUCAAAAGGCCCGUGCAAAAAAGAAGUACAUUGAGUGCUGCAGGGAUUAUAAGACAUCUGUGAUCCACUCCCUCCCUUUUGGUGAACCACAGAACAGUCACACCAACGAGAGAUUCUACAAGUGCCAGGAGUGUGGGGAGUCCUUUGUUCACAGCUCUGACCUUAGCAAACAUCAGAAGAUACAUGACCGAGAGAAACCCUCUGGAAGCAAGAUGUACGAAAGGUCUGUCAUCCGCAGCCUAGCCCUCACGGACCCCCAGACCAGCUAUGCUGAAGACUGCAUGCGCAUGCAAUGUAAGGAGUGUGGGAAGUACUUUGCUACCAGUGAAGCCCUCGGCCGUCAUCAGAAAGUGUAUGGCCGGGAGAGGUUCCACGGCAGGACACCAUUUGGAAGCUCUGUCAUUCGGGGCGUUGGCUUUGAUGAGUCUCAGAAGGAUGAGUCAGACGACACGAUCUAUGAAUGUAAGGACUGUGGGCUGGGCUUUGCUCACUUCAACGAAUUUGAGGAUCAUCAGAAAGUUCAUGGCCGGGAGUAUCUCAUGGACAACCGUGUGUGUGGGCCUUCGGUAAUCCAGACCUGUUCCUUUGGUGACUCUCACAAAAGUGGCGCCGGAGACCAGCUCUAUGAGUGCCCACAGUGCGGGGAAUCUUUUAUUAGUAACGACUUCCUUUUUGAGCAUCAGAAGAUGCACGAGAUGGAGCCAUUUUUUGUCGGUAGGCAGCAUAAUGAAGCUUGGAUGCGGCGCUUGCCCCUUCCCACCAUACGCAAGAGGAGGCGGUCCUCUAAGAAGAGUCCUCCUGUGUCGAAAACCCUCAGAUGUCAGGUGUGUGGACAAGACUUCAUUCACAGCUCUGUCCUUCGUGAACACAUGAAAAUUCACACUGGAGAGGAUCAGCUGGAGCGUGGCAAGACAAGCGAGGACACGGGUGCCCCAGGCCUAGCCCUCACCGAAUUUCAGAGAAGCCAAGCUGAAGAAAAAAAUUACGAAUGUAAAACAUGUGGAGAAACCUUUCUCAGUCAGCCAGACCUUAGGGAUCAUAUGAGGGUUCACGAGAAAGAUGAGCCCUUUAACUAUGGAGCCACAUUUGUUCAUACCUCAUUCGUUUCUGAGCUUCCCAACACAAGUUCGCCUUUCUACGAAUGUAAGGACUGUGGGAAGUCCUUUAUUCAUAGCACGAUCCUAGUUAAACACCAGCAGCUUCACCUGGAAGAAGCAGCCCAGGAGGUUGAAGCCAAUUUUGUCGUUCCACAAGAAGUGCUGCGGAUUCAGGGGUCCAACGUAGAGGCUGCCGAGCCAGAAGUGGAGGCUGCUGAGCCAGAAGUGGAGGCCGCUGAGCCCAACUUGGAGGCUGCUGAGCCCAACGGAGAGGCUGAAGGGCCCGAUGGAGGAGCUGCUGGGCCUGACGGGGAAGCUGAGCAGCCCAGUGGAGUGGCCGAACCUCCCAGAGGAGAUGCCGAUGAGCCAGAUGGUGCAGGGAUUGAAGACCCAGAAGAGCGAGCCGAGGAUCCCGAGGAAGAUGCCGACGAGCCCGAUGGUGCAGGGAUUGAAGACCCAGAAGAGGAGGGGGGAGACCAAGAGAUCCAGGUUGAAGAACCAUACUAUGACUGCAGAGAAUGUGCCAAAACCUUCACUUCAAGCUCAGCCUAUGGUGAGCAUCUGAAAACCCAUGCCCGAGUAAUCAUAUAUGAGGCAGGAAACGUCUAUGGUGAAAGCUCACGCUACACUGAGCACGCCAGUACCAGCACUAGUGCCAGUGAUAGGGCCGACGAGAAGUACUUCAAAUGUGACGUCUGUGGGCAGCUCUUCCGUGACCGCCUGUCCCUUGCCAGACACCAGAACUCCCACACCGGCUAAGAACAUCUAAGCGUAAAUAUUGGAAAACCUUCCAUUAGGACUUGACCAUUGUUAACCAGCAGAGAACUCAGACAAACCCAUCCCAUGAUAAGUAGGAAACUUACCUUGGUGUGUAUACACCUUCUUGAACAUCAGAAAACCCAUACUGAAAAUAAACUGAAUAUGGAGACUCCUUGGAUCUUAGCUCUCCCCCAUCAGACUUCAAGUGUGUGCAUGUGGGGAAGCGAUAGCUCAUGUUUUCUCUCUCAUCUGAGUAAUCACGUUGAAGAGGAGCCCUCUGAGUAUCUGAAGCUCUAGAAAUUGUCCUGGUCAACUGUAAAUGACACUCCUGUGACCUGUAAAUAUUUCUGGAGAUAUAUAUAUAAAAGAGCAAAUCAGCAUUUGCUGAUUCAGUACGUUUGGAUUUAGUACAAUGCAAAUUUCAGUCUACAGUGUGGAGGUACCUUACCUGGUAAUCCUCGACUUGGGGGGAGAGGGUGGGGCGGGGCGGGGGAGAGAGUGACAAAGGAGAAUAUAUUUGUAAGGAUCUUGGACCCUGAGAAGAUCUAUUGUGAAUAAUUUGAACUCCAUCAGUAUCUUUUUUGAGCAAUUGACUCUGUAUUUUGCUCUCUUACUCAAGUAUUCCUUUGCAGGUGUAGGCGUGAAAGAUUCAAUGUGAUCCACUCUUUGCUGUUUGAAAAGAGAGUACUUUUAGCUUCCUUUGGCAGCCAUUUAUGUCACCUACACCGAUGCUCUGGAACUUAACACUACGUAAGCCUUGAUAAUACAUGGAUUGGCCUUUCACGACCUGAGAUGAUCAGUUGCCACCUUGUACCUUGUGGUGGCUCUCAUAAAAAAAUACUAAAAUUUUUUUUUUUUAACUCAAUAUGUGUUCAGUAUUGAAUUCACAAACUCUGAAGCUUUUCCCUUUAAACCUUUUGUCUUUGCCUUUGCCUUUAAAUAGUGGGUUGCAACCAUCUAGAACAUGGCCGUGCCUAAUGAAGGUUGAGAACCCUAGGGAGAGGCUCUCCUGUUGUAAAUAGAAACGCAGGCCACCGGCUCAUCGCUUGCUCUGUGCGCUUCCUGCCUUAAGUAAAAAGUAAUGUGGCUUUGGUCGCUUGUGCAUCGUUAGUGUGUGCCGCCACAAGUCAUUUUGCACCCUGGCUUCGCAGGAGCUAGUAUCCUUAGGUCUUUCUGUCGCUAAACUUCUCUUCUUCACCUGUCUGAUCCUCUAACUCUUGUGUCCAACUUUUUUAAUUAAAAAAACAAAACAAAACAAACAAACAAAAAAAAACUUCACAUUCAACUCAAGCUUAACAUGGACUCAGGUUCCCCAGCAGCCUUAAUUUGGUUUGUUUACCUUCUGUUCCUUCCUCUUUCGGCCCUCCUAAGUUUUUCUGAGCUCUCCAUUAUAGUGUUGUGUUCAUCUGAUCUCCCUGGUUCUACGCUAAUCACAAAUUUGCUUGCAGCUUGAUGUUUCUUGUGUCCCUGUCUUUGGCCGCCUGUACUCCUUCGCUUCCCCUCCCCUCGCAUAAUGACUAUAUUAAGAAAUUUCAGGCCUUGAGUUGGCUGGGGAAAAAAAAAAUUUAAAAAUUUAAAAACUUAAAAAAAAAAAACAACAACAACAACAAAAAAACGAUCUGUGGUUUAAGUGAGCAAAACAGAAGAGCAAGCAAAAUUGAAAUGCACACUCAAACACCAUUUAGGGCUGGUGGAGAGUGUCAGUGCUGCAGGGAAUGCCAAAGCCUAGGGAGGUUAUAGAGCGGCGAGCAAGAAGCAGAAAGAAAUACAUAAGCCAAAGAAGGGAGUCCUAGUUGGUCACCAAACCUAGGAAGGAGAGAAAGCAGACAGAAGAAAACACCAGAAGCAGAGACUGGCAAGAAAGAGCUGAGCAAGCCGUCCUGGGCAGUUGGGAAGAAUAGGCCUUUUUGACGGCAUGGUGACCGUGUGGGGCAGCUGCACAUAAAGAUCCCAGGUUGGAAUGGGCAUAGCGUGGAAACUGAGGAGCAGAGAGGUGUGCUAUACCAGAGGAAGACCCUUCAAACGGGGUUCAGUGUUGAUGUCAUCGUGGUGAACUGGGUAGGCUCGUUACUGUUGGCAGUGUUCAUCGGUAAAACCUCUUCCGAAAGCAGCUUGCCAAAUUUCAAGGGGUCUGUUUGCAGCCUUAUGUUGGUGAGAAAUUAGAAACAACUUAAAUGCCAAACAAUAGAGGAAUGAUUAAGUACAUCUGAAAUAUGCACUCUGGGCUUUUAUGCAGCUGUCAAAAAUGAUAAUCACGAGGAGUUACGUAGCAACGUGGAAAUAUAUUUACGGAAUAUUAAGCAGAAGAAGCAGGACACGAAAUUAUAUUUAUACUACAAUUAUAACUGUUUAAAAAUGUACGCUUAUAGUCAAAAGCUGUUGUGUUGUUGUUGUAGGCUUAUAGUUGAGCAUUAUUUUCUUAAAUUCCUUCAGUGUUCUUUAUUGUAGUGUUACUAAAAAGUUUAUAACCAUGUUUCUAUUGUGAACAUAAUUUGAACUCAUCAAACAUUUAGGAAAUACAGAAAAGUGGAGGAAAAAAAAAAAAAACCCCACGUUCCCACCAUCCAAAGAUAGAUACACUCUUCAGUAUCUUGUUUUUUUCUUGUUUCUGUGCACAGGUUUAUAACUGUGUCAGAAUGUGUAUUCAAAAUAGUUACUGUGUUACUUUGGUGGAAUUACGGUUAAAAACUUUUAAUUUGUUUAAAUGUUCUUGUUACAGUGAUGUGGUAACAAAGUUUAUUAUGGAUGUUUCUGUUACAAGCAUAGUACAUACCCAGAGGAAAAAAAAAUUAGAAAAUACAGUAAAUUAAAAAAGAAAAUAAAUUUGCCCAUAUUCCCAACACCCAGCAACUACUGUUAACAUCUUGAUAUAUUUCCUCCAUGUUUCAGUACACAAGCUUCUGAUUAUAACAGUGUUAAAUAUGUAUACUUAAAGUCUAAAAUGAAAUAUGGAAAAUAAUUAGUGUUGUCAUUGUGGGAUUAUGGUUAUUUUGUCUCAAAUUCCUUGAAUGGUUUUUGGUGUCUUGGUAAUAAAGUUUAUGUAUGUAUUUUUCCAUUACAAAUGUAAUACAUACUCAUAGACAACUUCGGAAAGUUCAGUGAAGUGGAAAAAAAAAUUCACCCAUAUUCCCAACACCCAAGGACAACUACUGUUAACAUCUUGAUUUAUUUCCUUCAGCUUGUUUCUGUGCACCAGUCUGUGAUGAUUACGGUGUUCGUAUAAGUACGCAGAGGAAAGUCAGAUGGGAAGAAAUAUGGAAAACAGUUCAAAAAAUAGCUGUGUGAUCGUUGUGGGAGUACGGUUAAAUAUUUUGUCUCGGUUUCCUUGAAUGGUCUUCAUUAUAGCAUUUUGGUAACUCGCCCUUGUUACAUCUGUUUCCAUUGUAAACGCAGUACACGUUCAUUAUAGAAACUUUGAAAGUUGCAGAACUGUAGAAGAGAAGUUCACCCAUAUUUUCACCAUCCAAAGAGUGUAGUUAAUAUCUUGAUAUGUUUUCUUCAUCUUGUUUCUGUGCACAGGUUUUUGGUUUAUAUGGUUGUGGUUGUUCUAUCUAUCUGUAAUAGUGUCAACAAUAAAAAUAAAGUUAAAAAUAA